AUGCCAUUUACCACAUUGGCAGCUACGUUGCCCACUCCUUUAGAACCGGUUAUUCCAGCUCUUGCCCCAGUUCUGCCAGCUCUAACUCCUGCCAUACCAGCUCUCUCUGAUCUGCCACAGCCACCAUUAAUGGGAAAUGUAGACCCCACAAAAGUGGAUGAAAUCAGAAGAACGAUCUAUGUCGGAAAUUUAAACUCACAGACUACAACAGCUGAGCAACUUCUGGAAUUCUUUAAGCAAGUUGGGGAUGUCCGCUUUGUCCGUAUGGCUGGUGAUGAGACUCAGCCGACGCGAUUUGCUUUUGUAGAGUUUUCUGACCAGAAUUCAGUGACACGAGCGCUCACCUUCAAUGGAGUUAUGUUUGGGGACAGACCUCUUAAAAUCAAUCAUUCUAACAAUGCAAUUGUGAAACCCCCUGAGUUGACGCCGCAAGCUGCUGCAAAGGAGUUAGAAGAGGUGAUGAAGAGGGUACGAGAAGCACAGUCAUUGAUUUCUGAGGCCAUUGAGCCAGAUCCUGGCAAACCAGUUGAAAAGACAUCACAGAAACACUCCAGAUCACGCUCACGGUCUCGCUCUAGGUCCCGAUCUAGGUGGAAGCGUUCAAACUCAAAGCACAGAAGUCAAUCACGUAACCGUUCUCGGUCCAGACAUAGAGAGCGCCGGAGAUCUAAGAGUCCUCACAAGAAACGCUCUAAAUCCAAAGAGCGACGCAGAUCAAAAAGCAGAUCACGCUCCAGAGAGAAGAAAAAAGACAAGGAGAGAAGUAAAGCCAAGGAAAAGGAGCGAACGAAAGAGAAAAACGAUAAAAGAAAAAAAGAAAAACGGUCUCGUAGCCCUUCGAAGGGCCACUCAUCUGUCAAACAGUCCCGCAGUGUUAGCAGAGAAAGACGCAAAAGGAGGAGUCGAAGUGUUUCCAAAUCUCCCCGAAAUUCCAAAACAGCAAAAAGGGUUUCUAGGUCUCCUACUCCCAGAAGGAAAAGGAACACAUAG